GGGAUCGUCCUCUGGUACGAGACAUCGCCCGGUCAUCACACCUCGAGCAUCCUCCGUGUUGUCCGGACACGUCCCACGUUCUCCGACCGUCGUUUUCUCCGCCUUCGUCGCAUCUCGCGGCACCGGUCCCGGCCCAAUCGCGUUUCCGCGUCGUCUCGCUUAAAGAGUCGCAAAAAGCUGUCGGCCCGAGCUCACGUCCGUCGGGCAGGAAGUAACUUGGCAAAUUCACGUCCGGCGCCGAGGAGAGAGCAUCCCGCAGUUUUCCGAAGUCGCCGGUUUCGAUCGGCAUCGAAUAGAGAGCCGUAAUUUAAGAGUCAGAGGCAGCUCGUGAGCCACCGCGAAUAAAAGACAAGUCGACGAGUCGCGGUCGAGUGGAAGGCAACUCGACGAGUAGCCGCUCAUCAAUGUUAUCGAUCAACAUGCGCGUGUUCAAGACUGUGCUGCUCAUCGCGUUCUUCGGCGCGGGCGUUCGGUGUUCACCCAUCGCCGACAAGCCGACCGAGUCCACGGUCGAGUUCGAGACCAAGACCGAGGUCACGUCGGUGGUACCGCAGGAGGCGCAGGCUGUAACCCUCGCGCCGACGUCCACGUACCCCGAUGCCACCGAUUUCUACGAUCAGCGGCAGAACGGGUCCGACAACUACCGUAUCCACGUAGACGGUUUCGUAAUGGUGUUCGCGCCGGUCGAGGCACUGCUCCUGGCCGCGGCUGCCGGCACACCAACGACAGAGAAUCUGAUCCCAGGGAUAAACAGUCAUAGCGCGUCCUCGACUGGGAGCCAGCCCGCCGGCGACCCGGACAAACCCGCCGUUGACGGUGCCCACAGUAACGAUGCCCACAAUAAAACUGAACAGGCGAUCUCGAAGACAAUACACAAGCAACCAGCUGUACGGUUGGCGAAUCUCUUGGCGCCCUUGAUACGUCGCAUGCGGGGCACAAGCGUGCACUAA